GCCAAAAAUCAGAAUUAAGAUGAUUAAACCAAGUCGUUUAUCAUCAUUUUCUGCGAAUGUAGUUUUUUCUAAUGAAGAACUUUUGAUAGAGAUUCUUCUCCGUCUUCCAGUAAAAUCACUCGUCCGAUGCAAAUGCGUCUCCAAAAAAUGGAGUUGUAUAAUCACUUGUCCCGAAUUCACCCGCCUAAGAGUCCCCUGUCUCAACCCUGCCCGCGGCCUUUUCUUGCACUGCUCUUCUUUUUUGAUUAACCCUUUUCAUCAAUUUGUAUCACUUAGUCUGGAAAAUCCUAUUCAAGCACCAUUCCAAAAGCUCAGUUUUGUAGAUGACCCUUCUGGAAUAAGAAUUCUCCAAUCUUGCAAUGGACUUCUGCUUUGUUGCAGCUUUCGUGCUCACGGACCUAACAAAAACUACUAUAUAUACAACCCAACUACCCAACAAUUCAUCACACUUCCUAAACCAGGAGGGAAAAGACAAAUUUCCAAGGUUAUUCUUGGGAUGAAACUAGCGUUGGAUCCGUGGAAAUCGACUCAUUACAAAGUGGUUUGCACCCGACGGUCUGACAAGGCUCCUGAGCACUAUCAAAUUGAGAUUUAUUCAUCUGAGACUAAGAAAUGGAGAGUCUCGGGUCCACCUUUUCCUGCUCGUUACGAUAUAGGAUUUCAGUACACUGGAGUUUACUGGAACGGUGCUAUAUAUUGGGAAUGCGGGGACAACUCGUUACGUUUCAACGUGGAACACGAAAAGCUCGAAAAGUUUCCAAUGCCUUGCAUUGGUAGAAGUUGGGAUGAUGAGGAGAUGAGAGUUGCUUAUUAUGGAGAGUCUUAUGGAUAUUUGCAUUUAGUCCAGGUUCAUAGCCGCCAAAAGCUCACUUUUUAUAAUAUUUAUGAGAUGAAAAAUGAUGGUACGGAGUGGUUCUUGAAAUAUGAGGUGAAUGUUGAAGAUGUUGUCGCCGCGUUUCCUCAUAUGAUUCGACAUUACCUUGAGCCAACAGACUGGCAUUAUUUGGCGAUGGCUGUGCUUUGUGUAGUCAGAGGGGAGAAAGAGGAGGAUGACUUCAUGGUAUUGCACAUUCCCAGAAUGGUCAUACGUUAUAAUUUGAGGGGUCACACAUUUUACAAGCUUUGUGAAUUUGGCAAUAGUACAAAUGAUGACGAUCAAUUUGAGGAGGUAGAUGAGGAAUAUGAGGUUCCUAUAACACUUAUUUCCCUCGAAUUUGGUUGGUUUAGUGCUUUCCAAUAUAUUGAAUCUUUAUUUUGUCUGUGAUUCUGUUAUGAACACAAAUUAUUGUCUGUCGGACGACAUGGAUGAGAAUUUGGCAAAUUACAUUUGGGACCAUGCAAUGCACACGACAUAAAUAGACCUAUUUUAAUUUUUGGUAAUUAAUACUAGUUUUUAUUACCAAGUUAAAAGAUAUACCUAUAUAAGCAAAAGAAAUAUUCUACUAUUUGGGCUACGAACUGGUCUUAGUUUCAUUGUUUAGUUUUUAUAAAGCUUUCUCUGGAACCUCCCUGUUCUAUUUAAUUUUCUUGCCUUAAUAGCUUUUGGUUGCUUACUGUUAAGGGCAGAACUUGGCUUCAUUGAUCGGCAAGCAG